UUGACUCCUGGUGACGCAAAGAGAGACCGAGCAGGGUGAAUGGAGGAGGCAGACAGAAUGGCUGCCCGGUGCCGCAGCUCCAAAUGCACGGUAGAAAGGAACGGAUUCAAGCGGGAACUCGAUACCUGGCGGCACAAACUGAUCAACUGCGUCGGGUUCGAGAGCAUUCUGGAGGGAAUCUAUGGCCCGUUGCUGCUCAGAGACCUCAAUAUUUUUGAUGACUGUGAACCCGAGGAGCUAGAAGACUGGGCAGUGAAAGCCAGUUGUUCCUUCUGCAGCCUGCUGAUCAAUGACCAUGUCCCAGUGGCCGCCUCCCCCUCAGACGACACGCCCUCCCAAGCCCCUUCCCUCUCGGACAGCAGCCUAUCAGCUCACAGGUUCCUCCACGCUGUGUUCCAUAAGAAAGAGCUGGCGUCCAGCGGAGACCCUAACGUCCCUCUGGUGGCCCAGGAACUGAUGAAGAGGAUGGUGAGGCAGUUUGCCAUGGAGUACGCCUCCAAGACACGCCUUACCACCACCACAGGCUCCCCGCGUUCUGACCUCGACUCACCUCUAGACCUCACUGUGACACGGAACCAGGAGGAGGAACCCACACCAGCGGACAGUGUGCUCGACCCUCUGACUAGUUGUCUGACCUCUGAACUGAUACCUGAUUCCUCCGUAGGGACAGUGUGCUCGACAACAGGACCUAGAACCCAACCAGACCUAGUAGCGGACACUGACCAGGCAGAGAACCUGCAACAGGACUCCACGUCGAACCAUUCACAAAGCAGGAGGCAGCAGCAGCGUUGGGGAGCAGCGGGGGCGUACCAGACCGAGGAACACCAUGCCCAGAGGUCCAGUGAGCUGUCUGAGGGGCUGCUGUCCAAGGCUCUGAGAGACGUGAGAGCUGGGGAGGAUGUGACCUCACAGGAUGUGACGGCGGCGGCGGCGCACGGCGAGGAGGUGCGGCUGGUGUUGCAGAGGGUGGCGGCCUGGGCGGAGCUGGGAGCGAGGGAGGAGAACGGAGAGAUGCUCUUCCUUCCCUCCUCUUCGUCUUGUCUGACCCAGCAUGGCCUGCGGAGGGAAGGGGCGGAGCAUAGCGGGGAGAACAAGCAGUCCAGGAAGAGGCGCGGGCGCUACCGGCAGUACAACCACGACCUGCUAGAAGAGGCUAUCACCAUGGUGAUGGGGGGCAGGAUGAGCGUUUCCAAGGCUCAGGUGGUUUAUGGGAUACCUCACAGCACGCUGGAGUACAAGGUCAAAGAGCGCAACGGAACCCUCAAGAUACCGCCCAAGAGGAGGCCCGUCAUCGUCACGACUACGACCGCACGGCAACCGCCGGACUCUGCCGGGUUCCACCGACUCAGGGACUAA